AUGGCGACCAAUACCCUCCUGAUCGAGGGUUCGUUCGAUGAACUCGCUGACGAACUCGCCCGCUACAUUGAUACGAUUCGCAAGAAUGUCUCCGCUGCUUCGGCGACCCCAAGUGCUGAGGUGACGUCUGUGCAUGCUGAGAUUGCGCAGCUGCUCGAAAAACUGAGGGAAAAGGAGCAGAGUGAGGAGGAGUUGACAGAGGAACAGACAAAAGAGAUUCAGAAUGAGAGGACCGAAGUGCUGAAGAAAUUGGUGCUUGCCGCUCCGGUGCUAAAUGGUGCUCCUGAGAAAGAAAUCACCGCUGCAUACAACCUGCUGGUCUACCUGGUCCGUCAAUCAAGCUCGGUAGACAUGUUCUUGCCCAAGAUCUGCGCAUUCCUGGCCAAACCAAUGCCAUCUUCACCGCUGCAUGGACCUUCCAUCGCCUUGUCCAUCCUGGCAACCAUUUUCAAUACCCUGGACGCAGAUGACUCCAGCAGAUACCAUGUAUUCCUUGCCAUCAUGGCCGUUAUCCGCAGCACCUCUUCCGCACUCGCCUUUGAGGCCCUAAAGACUCAGCUUUCUAACCAAUUGCCCGGCUGGAUCGAGUCCUGGGACCUUGACGAAGAAGAGACCCAGAAGCUGCACAUGUCCAUCUCAGAUGCCGCCAGGGCUGCCGGUGAUGCCGAGCUUUCAUACCACCAUCUCAUCCAGGCACUACACGCCAUACCACCCGCUGAAGCUGCCUCCACUCAAGCUCGCGAAAUGGCCGUCCGAUCUCUUACCACUGCUCUCUCCCUCCCAUUCGUCUUCGACUUCACCCCUCUAACUUCCAGCGAUGCCGUCCAAAACCUUCGAUCCACCGAUGCUUCCCUUUUCGAGCUUCUGGAACUCUUUUCUACCGACGAUCUCGAUGCUUAUGAGGAUUUCGUUAAAGAGAACCCCAUCUCCUCUAUUUCUGCCCUGGCUUCGGUCAAGACCAUCUCCCCCGCCACAACUACAUCCUCUGCUUCAAGCGAACCACCAUCAGUGGAAACUAUCCUACAGACCAAAAUGCGUCUGCUCACCCUUGCCAGUCUUGCUGCAAAGGCUCCCUCUCGCUCUCUGCCCUACAACGACAUUGCUGCUGCUCUCCGCAUCGAGCGAGAGGAUGUAGAGAAGUGGGUUAUCGAUACCAUCCGCGCCGGUCUUGUUGAGGGAAAACUCUCCCAACUCAAAGGUGAAUUCCUUGUUCACCGUGCUACGUACCGUGUCUUCGGCGAGCGACAGUGGGGUGAAGUCCAAGGUCGUCUCAUGGUAUGGAAGCAGAGUCUGUUGAACGUCCUCGAAGUCAUCCGCUCCGAAAAGGAGAAGUUCAAGGAAGCUGCCUCUGCUGCAGCUGCUCCCGCCCAGGGAUCCGCUGAAGCUGAUCGAUUCUCAUUUGGAGGAGGAAGAGGAGGCGGCGAGCGAAGGAGAGGUGGCCACCAAUCACAUCAACAUCAAGCUAGGGAUAUGGAGUUGGUUGCCGGUGGUGACUAA